AUGCUGCUGAAGAAUCUGAUGGAGGAGAAGCAGCUGGAUUACGACCAGCCACUUCUAUCGGUGAGAAGAUCGGAGAAAGAUAAUGAAAGGAAAAUAGACAAAUCCCUCCCUGGUAUACCUCGGCUUCCUCAUUGUAAAAAAGAAUUGAAAUCUGGUCCUGUAACGAAUCCAGGAACCGUGCCUUUUUACUGGGAAGAGCUCCCUGGACGACCGAAGGAAGAGAUCAAACCACACGAUGAAAUCUCUGAUAGACCUCUAAUUGCCCCGAAACUUUCUCCUGGGAAAUCUUCUACAGUCAACCAGCAAGAUUACGAUAAAUUUUAUAUGAACACGAGUGUGGAUCAGAGCCAAGCACGAAAUGCUCAUUGUGAUGUGCAGAGUGUUCGAUCUCAGGAUGAAGAUGUAAACAAUUUUGAGAGAUGUAACAAGACAAUAGAGAAGGAGAGUUCUCAUUCAGGGGAAAGUGAUGAAACAUAUGUAGACGCACUUGAUACAUUCUCGAGCAGUGAAUCAGUUUUCUUGAAUUUCAGCACGAGUGGCGUAAGUUCAUUUGAUGAACUAGAUGCCAAACCAUCUGGAACCUUUUCAACAGAUCCAUUGGCUAGAGACGAUCGGUUCCUCCCUGCAGCGAAGGCUAUGGCUUCCGACACACCUCAAAUUGCCACCAAAAAGCAACCCAUAGUGCAAGAAAAAAAGCCUUCGAUGCAGCAUGGACCUAUUCUUGUAAAGCACUAUUUACAAUUCCGAGACGAUGAUGAAGAAGAAGGUGAUGAAUAUUACGAUCAACAUGGAAACUUGCCAGCAGUUUGCGGGUUACUACCACGGUUUUGCUUAAAGCGCUCAUUCUGUCUCAUACAUCCUGUAACUGCGACAAGCAUGAAGACCCGAUUACCAAAGUCUUCUGUUAAUAAAUUGCAAGGUAGAUCUUCAGUUGCUAGUUCUUUUAGAAAAAGUGACGACAAGCCUAGGUCUAAUUUUUCUGAUCAAAACUCAGCGUGUGAUCAAACUAGUUUGAGAAAUGACUUCAAUUUAAGUAUUUGUAAGAGACAGAAUCCUAAGGAAUCAAUGCAACACAGAAAACUACGAAAACAUAGUACAUCAAUGUCUAUCGAUGAAUCAUCUAAUAAAGAAAAAGAAGUCAUCAACCUUUCCAAAGAAACAAAGAAUCAGGGGAUUAAUGGCUCUGGAUCACAUAAAAAGGGCUAUAAAACCUUCAGGGAUUUCUUAUCUGAGAAGGACAGUUCUGAGGAAUCAUCAUAUUCAGGAAUUCCAGUUGUUGAGAAAACUCUAUAUGUCGAUACUGUGCAGAAGGUAAAAUCUCCUAGCAGGGAACCUUAUUCUUCCAAUAUGCAAGGCUCGAAGGAACCGCCUGGUUCAAGAGAGAAAGAGUACGACGUUGUUACUAAGAUGACGGAUCAAUUCCCUUUAGUAGAUUGUUCUGUUAAAGACAUCAUUAAGUUGAAAGCUGUAGAUGGUGCAAAAUUGCUGCCUGAUUCUCAGAAAUUUAAUGACAUCAAUGCAGAAUCUUCUUUCAGCAAUUCAAUUCAAAAAGGUGGAAUGGAGGCAUCGAAGGUUUUGGAACCUGAUCAAGAAAUUAACGAGGAUUCAACUACUGCGGCAAAUGUAGAAGUGACUGAUAAGGGAGCUACUGAAAGUUUACAGAAGCAACCGGGAAAAAUAGAAAAUCGAGAAAACUUUCACCAAAGUCGUUUACAGUUUCCCCUCCCCCCACCUUCGCCAAUUAAACCAUCGGAGUCUUGGCUUCAACGAACUUUGCCUUCUAUGUCCACAAAGAAUCCAUAUAUACGUUCAAAUCUUCGUGCAGCAGCAAAUACUCAAAAACAAGUUUCCAAGAAGUGCAGCAGCAUUAAAUUACUGUUAUUCCGAGGAACUUUUGACUCUACACCAGACGAGUAG